AUGGCGCCCCCAACUGUGGCCACACCUGCCCCGACUGCAAACAAGCCGUACGGCACGCUGCCAAACACCUGGUGCAGGGAAUGUCCGGCCGAUAAAGUGGUGCGGAGAAAGCACCUCUGGCCAGGAAGACGUACCAAGCUUAUUGCACUUGAUUCUCUUGUGCAGGGCGUGUGUGCAUUGAUCCAGGAGCGGCUGUCCACCACGGGCCAGGAGGCGAUCAAGCAGCGCAGCAAGCAGGGUACGCCUUAUCCAUUGAAAGAGAGCAGCCUAGGCUUCGACACUGGAGACCCUGUGCUGAACCAAGCGGCCAAGGUGCUGCGGCUGCUCUACGUGCAGGACCUGCGUGACCUGCAGACUCGCAUCAACGAAGCCAUUGUGGCUGUGCAGACCAUCACGGCAAACCCAAAGACAGACACCCGGCUGGGAAAAGUGGGGCGCUAGACAAUGCAUCCACUGCCACUGCUAUGCUCCAGUGCCUGCUCCCUCUCUCAAAUGGACACGUCUGUGUGCGUGCAUGUGCAUUUGUACGAACUGUCUGCUCGUCCUGUUCAGUGUUCUGCAUAAAGCUGCCUAGCAGAUCCA